AUGUCCUCAACCACCACCACCACCACAACAACAGCAACACCCCCAACCCUCUCCCUGCUCGCCGACUACGAGCUCCACCACAGCACCCCAUCACCAUUUCCAGAGUCUCAGUCUCAGUCGCAAACACAAUCCCAAACUGCAAACCCACCAACCUGGCCAACCGACCACCGCCGCAUCCCGCCCUACCGCCCCAUCAACCGCUCCCUGGACUUCAACGAGCGCAGCGCGGGGUCCAGUGUCCCGGAGUAUAUCUUCAUUCAGGUCAUGUUGCAUGGGGUUUGGAUUAACGCGAGCAUCGCGCAGCUUUGGAGGGCGACGGGAGGAAGAAUCAACGAGAGGAUUUUCAGGCAUGAUGUUGGGGGGGAAUAUUAA